AUGAAAAUGUUUGCCCACUUUAGAGAUAAAAUGGAAAAGAAAAUGUAUCGUUUCGCUAAGGGUGGGUUAGGUAUUCAGUCAAGUGGAAGUGAAGUAGAAGUCCACAGGCUUGCAUUUAGACUGAUUUCGGAUAGUAGAACUCAUAAACACGCGAUUGUUUUAAAAAAGUUUAAAAAAAAUGAAAAAGUUCGCGUUGAUUUGCAUGCUGUGAAGCAGAAUUGGAUGAUCAGCGGCGGCUGUCACAGAAUGACAUUUGAAACUACUCCACCGAAUCACAAUUACAAAAAGCGUUCUAGACUUAUUCCACAUGGUGGCCUGAGCUUUGGAAGGUCAACAUGGCAACUAAAAAGGGAGGAGACCGAACAAAUCCGAAUGAUACCAUUACAAAGCGGAAACAAUUAUAAACCUUCCACAACAUAUUUGUUUCCUAAAGAGUUUUAUUACGCAAAUUCCCAAGAUGUCAUGGCUUUAGGCAACUUUCUUUCUGCGAGUGGAGUCGUGCGUGAUGCACAAAGAUGCUGGAGGACUGCAACUGGUUGGGCAAGUUUACAAAAAGUGGCGGAAAAAUUAAAAAUGGUAAAGAAAGACCGACUGAAAUCACUCUAUCUUGAGCGUAACAAAAUCUUUGAAUCAUUAUUCAGUGAUUAUGUUAUGCAAAUUGCAAAAUUAAAAAGAUUCACCAAUGAUAAACGUAUUAUGUGCUUCAGCGACCAGAAUACAGUAGCAGUUUGUAUUCUGUUUUAG